AGAAUCAGAAUGAUCUACCCUGCAUGUCACAUGAUCCAGAUCAUGUGACGGGGAAAUGCUCGAAUGCUUACACCAACUUUGAUGAACUUUGAUGUUGCUUUUCACUCUUGGGAUGUAAUCUUUGGUGAUUUGGCGUAGGCUAUGUUGUCCAUUUGCGAGAUGAUUGUUCAUACUUUUUCACCGCAAAAACAGUGUAAGGCCUUCCCCUUCUAGGACUAGAUUCUAGAUCUAUAUAGUAGGGCCUACUCGUAGACUACGGCAACGGUGAAGACAUUUUCAUGGAAGUGCAAUUUUUUUAAAGAAAAGCAUAAAAAACAAUGACAUUGGUCUCUUUGGAAAGAGCGUGAAGACACCAAAUCUACAUCCUUUAGUGGUGACUGAAAGUGGAGCUGACAAGUGCCUUGUACAAAUGGCGGGUGGAACAGCGGAGGAUCCUGUGGGUGUGGAGGUCCUUUCACCAGGAGAUCAGUAUUCAAAGCUGGUGGGCUUUGUGUACGUCUUCAACCUGAUUGUUGGCACAGGAGCCCUUACUAUGCCAGAUGCUUUCAAAGAGGCAGGCUGGCUGCUGAGCCUGAUCGGUAUCAUUGCUCUUGCAUUCAUGAGCUAUGUUACUUUGACAUUCAUGACUGAGACCAUGGCAAUUUCUAAUGCAAAGAUGCGCUUCCAGAAAUUUGUAUCAGAUAAUGAGCAAAAUGGUCUGAAAAAAGAAGAUUCAGGUGGACCAAGUGUAAAUGCCGACGAAACACAGCCUCUGUUGCACAAGACUCCACCAAAAUAUUCUGAAAUGCGCCCAAGCUUUGAGAUUACAGAGAGAGUAGAAAUGGGAUCAAUGGCUUUCAUGUACUUCAAUAAAAUUGGUUUGUCCCUGUUUCACCUGUGCAUCAUCGUCUAUCUGUAUGGAGACCUGGCCAUCUAUGCUGCAGCAGUACCCAAGUCUCUCAGAGAUGUUGUUUGCUCAUUCAGAAAAAACAGCAGCAACUGUAAUGAGACUGAAGUGGAUACGGACCCCUGCUGGUCAGAAGGUUUGAACAUCAAUAGGAUGGAUGCAUACCGAAUAUUUGUGGCGGCGUUUCUUGUCCUCCUUGGACCUUUUGUGUUUUUCAACGUCCAAAAGACAAAAUAUCUACAAAUUUUCACCUCUGUGGCUCGAUGGACAGCUUUUCUGGUGAUGAUCAUCUUGACCUCCAUACAGCUUGGCCAAGGCAAGGGGAAGGGGAACCCCGUGGUGGCAGACAUAGCCGGGGUGCCCAACCUGUUUGGUGUGUGCGUGUACAGCUUCAUGUGUCACCACUCCCUGCCCUCUCUCAUCACACCCAUCAAGAACAAAUCCCGCCUGCUGCCUGUCCUGGCUGGUAACUACUUCAUCAUCCUUUUGUUCUACAUCCUGCUGAGUUUCACGGCUGUGUUUGCUUUCAAGAACAUCAAUGACCUUUACACUCUGAACUUUCAACCUUAUUCGUGCGACCCGGUGACCGAUAUUGUGCCUUUCCAGUAUUUUUUGGCUUUGUUUCCUGUGUUUACUCUGUCCACAAGCUUUCCGAUCAUUGCGAUAACGCUGAGGAACAACAUCAUAGCCUCAAUAUCUCCUCGCUCAGGACAACUGAACUGGGCUGUGGAAAAACUGCUGUGUCCAUUGCUGGCACUGAUCCCUCCAGUGGCCGUUGCCAUGGGGACUAACGAGGUUGAAUUCCUUGUAGGUAUAACUGGUUCGUAUGCAGGAGCAGGCAUCCAGUACAUUAUUCCAGCAACUCUUGUUUAUCUUGCGCGGCGGGAUAUCCUAGCUAUUGGCCAUAACUACCAGCACAAGUCUCCAUUUGCUCAUAAAGGCUGGGUUUUUCUUAUAAUCGGCUGGGCAAUUGUUUGUGUAGGUUUUGUCACAGCAAACCACAUCAUCACGAAAGAGUAAUGUGUGCUCCUUGUGAUACUUACCUCAUCUCCAAUCACUGCUUCUUUCUUUUGCAAGGGCUGUUAAUGUUAAAUCUGUACAAUUUGGCACAUAAACAUUUUUUUUUUUGUUUCUUCCUUACCUAAUUGUGAUCUGUGCACUUUUUCAGUCGCACACUAAACAUUCAAGCUCGAAUUUCUGUGGCGGGGGAUUUUUUUAAAUUGAGUGUCUCCAUCUUUCUGCUGGGAGGUUGUAUCCUUCUCAGGUUGGGUAAAACAUCUGUAGUUAUUAAUACUGUUUCAGUGUAGUUAUCCUUAUUUGUGACAAAAUGGAAAACAAAAAAGCAACCCACCCCCCCAAAAAAAAAAAAAAAACAACCCACACCUGUCUUUAAAUAGGUGACAACUUUCUUAUUUCUAGAUGACCCACAGAUCACAAACUGUCGUAGUUAAAAAAAAUUCUUCUUCAUGAUCUUUUUCCAUCUUGUAUGGUUUAAACCCAAAGUAACAUUCAAUGUUACAUCGUUUUUGAAAAUCUCCAUAAUAUAUGUGCUUUAUAUUAGAAUUGUACGCCUAAUCUAUGACCAAAUUAUGAGUUCAUUAGAAUACUAGGGCACUCAUUUAUGUCCUUUGUCACAUUGUAAUUAGAAAAAUUAUAUUAUGACUAGAGGUUACCAUACACAGAGGAUGUUUUUAUAUUUCUAUAUGCCCUUAUGUCUUUUGUCACAUUGUAAUUAGAAAAAUUAUAUUAUGACUAGAGGUUACCAUACACAGAGGAUGUUUUUAUAUUUCUAUAUGCCCUUUUACAAGCAUGACAUUAAGGACAUAUAAUGCCCGGUAUCUCUGAUUCCCUUUUCAAAGUAAUCACAUCCAUAUUGGGUUUUCUUUUGGGCUUCAGUAAUUUGUUUUCCCUGUAUUCAGAGCCUCAUUAUUAUAUGAUCCAGAAUAUUUGGUCGAAAACACUGUAAGAGAUGAACAAUAUUGAAAGUGGUGAGACAUUGCUUCUUUGCUCAUAUCUUUGUUACAAAUUUCGUUUCGACUGAUGUUGUUUCUUUUUUAGAUUUCUAGUCUUUGAAACUUUGUAUUGAUUCUUAUUGUAAGGUUAUUUUGUUAUCUGGUUAAAGGUGUUUGGCCUGGUUUCUACGCACAUUGAUUGUUUAAGUUUAAGAAAGCCUGCAUCUUUGCAUUUUAAUAUAUUUUGGCUACAAGACUGAUCUGGUUUUAGAGAACCAUGAUAAGAUUACUUAGUGAAAAAGUACCAUGGGAAUCUUUCAGAGAUUGAACCUGGGAUGUCUGAGUGUGGAGGGGAAUGUCUCAACCUCUUGUACACAAAACAGAUUUUUUAAUACACUCUUGUCUCCUUGGUGAAAAAACGUUCUUCAAGACUUCAUUGUGAUAUUGUAUGCAUGAUGUAUUUGUACAUUUCUGCUGAGUUUGCCCAUAUUAUGUGAAUUCUGAACAAAUCCUUUUGGGUCCAUGAAGACUUUUUGUACACAUGUAAUUAUGUCUUUGAGUGAAAUGGAACGAAAGCACAGCUCUUUGAUGUUCUUGUUCUUCCAAGCUGCUGAAUUUAGUUCCAUCAUUGUGAUCUGUAUAGUACCUGUUAACCGUUAUUUAGUUCACAUUUGUUGUGAUGUGUAUUUUAAAAAAAGAAAACAUCAGACGUUUUGAUGCGCAUACUUUCCAUCAAGAGAGUUUAGUUUCUUUUCAUUCACUUACUGAGAAAGGCUUGCUUACUACUUUCUGACAUAGGUUAGCUUCAAGAAGUGAAAAUGGAAAGUGAGUAUAAGAGCAUGGGAGUGUUAUGAUAACUGUUCAGGGGGGACUUAAGCUUUUGUAAACGUGCAUUGCUCUCCUUUAUGUGUGUAUGGAGUAAAAGAUCUCAUCUACCGUGGAGCACUAGUGUUACAUGGUGUGGUGUUCUCACUCUUUUUCUUUGUUCAUGUUUUAUGCAUGACUGUUUGUGUUUUUAUGAAUUGGCAUUUAUGAAUGACAUGGCUUUGCAUUUCUUCGUUGUCCAGAGACAGAUACAGUAGGAUUUGUCCAAGAUGGAUACCCAUUGUCGGGAGAAAAGUGGUUGUCUUAGACAGGUGGAUAUCUUGGACACAUUGUCUCAUUGUAAUAGAAGAACACAGGGAGGGGAGGGGGGGGGAGGGGGUGUUUGCACAGAUUGUUAUCUUGGACAGGUAGCUGUAGCUGUUGCAGAAGGUUUGUUGACUGUAUUGUUUGCUUCUGCUGGGGCUUGCUGUUACUAGUGUUGUUUGAUCACUAUGAUUUCUAGUAAAGUAUUAUAUUGUUGAUUUUAAUGUUCAAGACAGACGGUUUUCUUUUGUUUAUUUAUCGACUCACUGUGGGUUACAUUCAGUAUAAUCAUUAAUUACUAGUACUAGGUGGAUUUGUGGACCAGACUGAAAGGGGAUCUGCACCCCAGCUCACCUCUCCCAAAUCUUACAGAGAUUGCACAAAAUAAUGUUAGGCAGCUUUUUAUUUCUUUACCAAGUUUCAGAUCUAUUGCCUCAUUUUAAUUCAAUUUUACCGUUGCAUGUAGCGAUUUUUCAUUUGAACAAUAGAUUGUCCAAUUUUUGUUCUAAGUCUGUGUUGUGUCCUUUGGAAAGGCAGAGAUGGACAUUACAUUUGGAGGUCCUGCCUAUGGUGUUGCAAUGAGCCUUAGUUAAACGUAUUCCAUUUCAUACUUUUUCUUUUGAAGGUUGAGGUUUUUAAACCUUUCAGUCCCGCUCCCUGAGCACACAAGAUUUGUGCAUCUGACCUUUCUUGGGUCGACUGUUAGAUUUACUCCACCGAACGCUGAGGCGUUCUUCCAGUGGGCGAAGGGUAAAAGUAGCUCAUGCUCAGGCGUGUGAUUUGGUUCAUAGGGUUAAGCAGGAGUAGGGUAAAUUAUUUUCUUAUACUUUAAACUUUAAAGAUUUUCCACUCUUCAAGGACAAGGGCAAACUGAUCAGACUUUAAAAUGUUAAUUCUACUACUUGGAUUUUAUUGAAAGACCACAAGAAAUUAAUUGAGCGCUUAUAAAUUUAUAAGCAUGUAUUUUUUUUUGCAAAUUCAGUUUAAAAAACUGUGGGAAGCAGAGCUGAAACAGUUAUUGAACAUUGUUAGCUGUUGACAAUGAACUGCCCAUAUUUCAAUGAUAUUGUUGUGACUGUCUGCACAGAUUUCAAGCAUUUGUAUGUAUGAAGUACAGGUAUAUUUUUGAGGAAUGCUGACGUUCACUGCAUUGUGUCAGCAAUGCAUGAUAUCGUAUGUUGACUUUCAAGAAUUGUAUCCAUGUCAAACUUGUAAGGUAUAACUUGUGUUCUGUUGGUUGUGUUUUUCGCAAUUGCCUUUUUAUAUUGUUUGCCAUGACUGAGAUUCUCCUUGUCAUGACUUUGUAGUAAGAGAUUUUUCUGAUAUUGUCUACCCUCCACUAUGAUGAUUGAUUAUUCUGGCAACCAGAUAGAACUUCCUUUCUAAUGUCAUUAUUUCGUUGUUUUGAUAAAAUGCACUACCAUGCAAAUGAACUUUUCUUGGAUCAAUGCAGUUUUUACUCUUUCCCAUUCCAUGUUAUUUUGGUUGUGUUCAGUGCUGUUUCAGAUAAGGAUCAUACAAUAAUGCUUGUUUUUUUCUUCAUGUUUGUACUUUUAUGUAAAUUUGCGACAAAUGCCUUCUUUUUGAAGGAUGCGGGUGCUGUCAUGAAAUCUAAUUUGGAAACAGUAAUAAUUACUAAUAAACCAUUGGACUUUUCUAAAUG